AUGGAGCCUCCCACGCAAGAGCCUCACCACAGCCUGCGCACACGCUCUGAGCCGUUCUUGCAUUCAGCAAGGCCGCAGGGAGCCACUGCGUGCAGAGGGACUGGCCAGCUCCCCUUCCUCAGCCUGCUUCCUCGGGUGAGAGCAGGCCCGAGAGGUGAGCGUCGGCUGCGUGGGGGGCGUGAUGCUCAGGGCAGGACACCUUCCUUGGGGUGUCUCCAGAGGCUGAGGGGCUGUGGGAACAGCCUGGGGCUCAGGGAGUGGGCAGGGCCUCUCGCUGUGCACGCAGACAGCCUCGCUCGCCCUCCCAGGCCCCGCUGCACCCUGGCCCUGCUGCUCUCUCUGUUGCUGCCCCUGGGCCCAGCUUGGCAUGCAGCUGCACAGCGCUGCCCACAGACCUGUGUCUGCGACAAUUCCAGGCGGCAUGUCUCCUGUCGGCGCCAGAACAUCACCGAGGUGCCCAAGGCCAUCCCUGAGCUGACCCAGCGGCUGGACCUCCAGGGCAACAUGCUGAAGGUGAUCCCUCCAGCUGCCUUCCAGGACCUGCCGUAUCUGACACAGCUGGACCUGCGGCACUGCCAGGUGGAGACGGUGGCUGAGGGUGCUUUCCGUGGCCUGGGCCGCCUGCUGCACCUCAGCCUAGCCUCCAAUCGCCUGAGUGCACUGCCCCAAGAGGCACUGGACGGGCUGGGCUCCCUCCGGCAGCUGGAGCUGGAAGGGAACAUGCUGGAAGAGCUGCGGCCAGGGACGUUUGGCGCCCUGGGUGCACUGGCCACACUGAACCUGGCCCACAACUCCCUCGUCUACCUGCCAGCCAUGGCCUUCCAGGGGCUGGUACGCACCCGCUGGCUGCAGCUGUCCCACAACAUGCUCAGUGUGCUGGCCCCCGAGGCCCUGGCUGGCCUGCCUGCCCUGCGCCGGCUCAGCCUGCACCACAAUGAGCUGCAGGCCCUGCCGGGGCCAGCCUUGUCGCAGGCCCGUGGCCUGGCCCGUCUGGAGCUGGGCCACAACCCCUUCACCUACGUGGGCGAGGAGGACGAGCUGGUGCUGCCUGGCCUGCGGGAGCUGAUGCUGGAUCAUGGGGCCCUACAGGCCCUGGACCCCAGAGCCUUCGCCCACUGCCCCCGCCUGCACACCCUGGACCUCCGCGGGAACCAGCUGGACACUCUGCCCUCGCUGCAGGGCCCAGGACAGCUGCGCCGGCUGCGGCUGCAGGGGAACCCGCUGUGGUGUGGCUGCCAGGCCCAGCCGCUGCUCCAGUGGCUAGCACAGGCACGGGUGCACUCGGACGGAACGUGCAAGGGGCCCCGGCGCCUGCGAGGCGAGGCCCUGGAUGCCCUGCGGCCCUCAGACCUGCGCUGCCCUGCAGAUGCGGCGGAGGAACAGGAAGAGCGGUUGGCUGCCCCGCGGCCCCGCACCCCUUCCGGGGCCCCCAAGGAGAAGGAUGGGGCGGCUCGGCCCUGCCCGAGCGCCUGCCGGUGCGCCUCUGCGUCCCGGCACAGCAGCUGCGAGAGCCAAGGCCUGCAGGCCGUGCCCCGCAACUUCCCCAGCGACACCCAGCUCCUGGACCUGCGGCGGAACCACUUCCCCUCGGUGCCUCGAGCAGCCUUCACGGGCCUGGGUCAUCUGGUGUCACUGCAUCUGCAGCGCUGUGGCAUCGCAGAGCUGGAGGCUGGCGCCCUGGUGGGGCUGGGCAGCCUGAUCUACCUCUACCUCUCCGACAACCAGCUCUCAGGCCUCACCGCUGCCGCCCUUGAGGGGGCCCCCCGCCUUGGCUACCUGUACCUGGAGCGCAACCGCUUCCUGCAGGUGCCAGGGGCUGCCCUGCGUGCCCUGCCAGGCCUCUUUUCCCUGCACCUGCAAGACAAUGCUGUGGGCCACCUGGCACCUGGGGACCUGACAGGGGUGCAGGCCUUGCGCUGGCUCUACCUGAGUGGGAACCGCAUCACCCAGGUUUCCCGGGGGGCAGUGGGCCCAGCUCUGGAGCUGGAGAAGCUGCACCUGGACAGGAACCAGCUGCGAGAGGUGCCCACUGGAGCCUUGGAGGGGCUGCCUGCCCUCCUGGAGCUGCAGCUCUCUGGAAACCCGCUCAAGGCCCUGCGAGAUGCAGCCUUCCAGCCUGUGGGCCGAACACUGCAGCACCUCUUCCUGAACAGCAGUGGCCUAGAGCAGGUUUCCCCUGGGGCCUUCUGGGGCCUGGGGCUCCGACUCCAGAGCCUGCACCUGCAGAAGAACCAGCUGCAGACCCUGCCCGCCCUGCCGGACCUCAGCCGGCUGGAGCUCAUCAACCUCAGCGGCAAUCCCUUCCGCUGUGACUGCCGGCUGCUCCCGUUGCACAGGUGGCUCACCAGGCUGAACCUGCGUGUGGGGGCCACCUGUGCCACCCCCCCCAGUGCCCGCGGCCAGAGGGUGAAGGCUGCAGCUGCUGUCUUUGAAACCUGCCUGGGCUGGACUGCCAGAAAGGCCAAGCGGAUGCAAGUUCCCAGGCUGGGUGCCUGGAGAACCGCAACGAAGGGAAGACGUCGCGGAGCGGGCAAGGUUGGCCACGGAAUGUGGGGAGGCUUCUGGGCCAGCAGAGUUCUGACUUCUCUUGGUUCUCAUUCAUUCCGUUCCAAAUCUGAGCAGUAACCCUGUUGCUUUUGCUCAAUAAUGUCCAUCCCCCUCUCCUCACCUCCUCCCUGGGCCCAGGGGGGUUUGUAAGGAUGCUACUUCAUCCUGUGGGAUGGCCUCUCGAUAAGCCACAGCGUACCUGGACCCAAUGUGUCCAUAAAAUCAACCCCAUUACUGUAUUUGCUGGAUCACUGUUGACUGGGCCGUUUCCCACCGUGACCUCAAGGGUCUUGCUCCUACACAGGACCUGGGGCGGGAAGGGCAGAGGGAGGGUGUGUCAGCGACUGCCAGCUGCAGACUGGCCCCUCUCUGUUGUCCCGUCACCCCAUGAUGUUUCAUUCACCAUCCUGACAUAUCCAUUCACACUUGAGCCCUCGGUUGUAACAUCAGAGAAGGGUGAGCGGGGUCUGGGUGCCCCCCAUGUAGGAGCCCCUGCUGUGGUGAGGACACGGGGUCUAGGGGGAGUGGCCAGUCCUUAGAGGGAAAAUGAGGACAGCAAAAGGCGGCACUGGAAGGAGCAGAGGCCUCUGC